AUGGGUGUUUGUUUGUCUUGUUUUUGUGGAAGAAAAAAUAGGCAUGGGAUUUAUGAGCCUUUGUUACAAGAGAGUGAAAGGGAGGCUGUCGCUGAUUUAUUGACAUAUCUCGAAACACUCUCAACGCUAGCUUUCUCAGACAAUGUUGAUUUACAACGGUCAGCGGCAUUAGCCUUUGCAGAGAUAACCGAAAAAGAUGUUAGGGAGGUAGACCGAGGGACUAUGGAACCUAUCAUGUUUCUUCUUCAAUCACAUGAUGUUGAAGUUCAACGUGCUGCAUCUGCUGCGCUGGGAAAUUUGGCCGUUAACACUGAGAAUAAAUUACUUAUUGUCCAAAUGGGAGGUCUUGAGCCAUUGAUUCGUCAAAUGUUAUCUCCCAAUGUCGAAGUUCAAUGCAAUGCUGUAGGAUGCAUUACUAAUUUAGCAACGCAUGACGAAAAUAAAUCAAAGAUCGCAAAAUCCGGUGCAUUAGUACCAUUAACUCGUCUGGCUCGCUCAAAAGAUAUGCGUGUUCAGAGAAAUGCCACUGGGGCUUUAUUGAACAUGACACAUUCAGACGAAAAUAGACAACAACUUGUUAAUGCGGGAGCGAUACCUGUAUUAGUUAGUCUUCUAAAUUCUUCAGAUACAGAUGUACAAUAUUACUGUACUACCGCACUUAGUAAUAUCGCCGUUGAUGCUUUAAAUCGAAAAAAACUUGCGUCGUCCGAAACACGAUUAGUGCAAUCGUUAAUUGGAUUGAUGGACUCGACAUCACUUAAAGUACAAUGCCAAGCAGCUUUGGCGCUAAGAAAUUUGGCAUCCGAUGAAAAAUACCAACUCGAGAUUGUACGUUCUCGUGGUUUACCUCCCCUUCUUAGACUCCUUCAAUCAUCAUUUUUACCUCUGAUCCUAUCUUCAGUUGCAUGUAUUCGUAAUAUAUCUAUUCAUCCACUUAACGAGUCUCCAAUAAUUGAUGCAGGAUUUUUAUCACCAUUAAUUCAACUUUUGGCUUAUGAAGAAAAUGAAGAAAUCCAAUGUCAUGCAAUUAGUACUUUAAGAAAUUUAGCCGCUAGCUCUGAAAGAAAUAAAAGAGCUAUUGUGGAUGCAGGUGCCGUUGAAAGGGUACGAGAAUUAGUUUUAAAUGUUCCAUUGAGUGUACAAAGUGAGAUGACUGCUUGUGUGGCUGUUUUGGCGUUGAAUGAGUUAAAACCACGAUUGUUAAGAUUGGGUAUAUGUCAAGUUUUACUUCCCUUGACAGCUUCGUUAAGUGUUGAAGUUCAAGGAAACAGUGCUGCUGCAUUAGGAAAUUUAUCAUCAAAAGUACAAGAUUAUUUACCGUUUGUUGCAGUUUGGGAUCAACCUUCUGGUGGUUUGCAUGGAUAUUUAAAACGGUUUUUGGAAAGUUCGGACAAAACAUUUCAACAUAUUGCUGUCUGGACAAUUGUCCAAUUUUUAGAAGGAAAAGACCGGCAGUUAUGUAAAAAUAUAUCAGAUUCAGAUUCAAUUGUUUCAGCAAUAAAACGAUUAGCAGAAUAUGGAAUUAUUUCUGAUGGUGAAGAACCCUUAGAUGAUGAUGAUGAAUCAGAUGAAGGAGAGAUUGUAGCUUUGGCCCGUAAGACUUUGUCUAUGCUACCCGCCAGUGGAGAUGGGAGCAUCGCUUCCAACCCACGAUAA